AUGGACCCUGACUCCGAGUAUUUGACCGCCUUUCGCACCCGUUUCGGAACUUUCCGCUGGAAAGUCCUCCCGUUCGGUCUGAAGGUAGGUCCCGCCUGGUUCCAGCAGUUUAUCAACGCGCAGCUUCACGAUCUCCUCGACCGAUUUAACGUGACCAAGGUUGACUACCUCGGCGUUCUGCUUGAAGCCGGUGUGGGCCUUAGUGUCGACCCUCGGAAAGUUCGAUCGAUACAAGACUGGAAGUUUGAGGACCUCCGAGACCGCACCGCGAUCCGAUCAUUCGUUGGCCUAUGCAACUUCAUCCGUGUUUUCUGCUACCACGCCUCUGGAGUGGCAGAACCCUUGAACCGGUUGCUUAAGAAGGAUGUUGCCUUUGUGAUGGGCCCGGAGCAACGCGAAGCAUUUGAUCAACUCAAGCGCCUGGCUAUCGAAGCCCCGGUCCUCGCCUUCUUUAGACCAGAACUGCCGACCCGACUGGAGACCGAUGCCUCCCGGAAUGCCACAGCUGGUGUUCUAUGGCAGGAACAGCCUGAUCAGACCUGGAAGCCCGUUGGAUUCUUCUCUAGGACCAUGACCCCGGCCGAGCGAGCCUACCCAAUCCAAGAUCGAGAGCUCCUCGCCGUCGUACAGAGUCUAGAGCACUUCUACCCAGAGCUCUUAGGCCAGAAAUUUGAUGUGAUCACCGACCACGAAGCCUUAGUCCAUUUCUCUACGAAGCGCCUGCUCUCGGUACGACAGAUCAGAUGGUCCGACUUUCUCGCCCAGUUCGACAUCCGUUUCCUCUACCGCCCCGGUCGACUGAACGUAGUCGCCGAUGCCCUCUCCAGGAAGACAGCCGAGCUUCCUACCGUAAAGGCCCGGGAAGCCGAGGAACGCACGGUGACCCUGAUCCCUCCGGAAAGGCUAGGCUUCGCGACCGACUCUCUAGACCCUACGGCCGCCGGCCACCUGCCCCCUCAGAACUUUAGUCCCGAACCUAAGCCUACUAGACCAUUAGUUCUGAGGGCCACGAGUGCCCUACAGACCCCAGAAGACCAAGGGAUACAGCAGACGCCCGAUCAAGACCGCCCAGAACUAGACCCGAACUCAGUCCCGAAGGGAGCCGAACUCGUUUCAUUGAUCCGCCAAGAGAACCUCCUCCAAGACCUCGGCACCCAUGGAACACACCUGAUCGUACCAGCCCAGACCUCAGACAAGCAGACGUUUCUUCAGACCGCGCUCAUUCGCGAAGCCCACGAGCCCCAGAUCUUCGCUCACGCCGGACAGAACAAAGUGAUCAAGCUGCUCCAACGAGACUUCUACUGGCCAAGGAUGAAGGAGGAUAUCCGUCGUUAUAUUCGGAACUGCCACGACUGCCGCCGCAACAAAACCCCUCGAGACAAGACCCCUGGACUGCUCCAUCCACUGCCCGUGCCGACCUCUGUUUGGGAGCACGUCGAAUGUGACGGGAAGGAUAUGCCGAAAGACCGUUACGGAUAUGACUAUGUUUGGACCUUCGUCUGCAAGCUAAGCCGGAUUAUCGCCACGCUCCCAGGAAGGAAAAACGAUACGGCAGAAGUCUUAGCUAGCCGCUACUUCCGCUACCUCUAUCGUUUCUUCGGUAUGCCCCUCGUAUGGAUUUCUGACAACGCUGGACAGUUUAUUUCUGCCUUCCUCGCAGAGAUUAACCGGCUCACGGGAACGAAGCAUCGUCAUGGAAGCUCCCUACACCCUCAGACCCAAGGGGGUGUAGAAGUCACAAAUCAAUACCUGGAUCAAAAGCUACGAUUCUACGUGACGAAGCAUCAAGACAACUGGAGUUCCCUGCUGCCCGCCCUCGACUUCGCCCAUAACUCGUCUUGGCACUCUUCCAUCGACAUGGCACCGUUAAAAGUAGUCCUAGGCCGAGAUAUCCGGAACCCCCUGUCACUGCCCCCGACUGACAAGACCGCUGCCACCGGACCCGCCGCCAGAGCUAGGGAACUUGUGCAGACCGCCCAGGAAACCCAGGAAGACGCGAGGAAUGCUGCCACCGCCGCUCAAGAACGUCAGAAGGAACAGACUAAUAGGAAACGACGACCAACCGACUUUGCCAUCGGUGACCGAGUUUUUCUCAGCAGGAAAGGCUUCGCCACGAACGCUCCGACUACUCGGCUAGAUAACCAAUGGUCAGGUCCGUUCGUAAUCCUGGAAGAACGCGGUUAUAGCUACGUACUGCAGCUGCCCGAGUCGUACAAAAUGAAGAACCUAUUCCACGCCGACCGUCUUCGAAAAGCAGCCAAUAACCCUUGCCCCAGCAGAUCCAGUCACCUCCGCCACCCGAGGAGAUCAACGGAGAACCCGAGUGGGAGGUUGAUCAAGUCCAGCAGUCUCGAGUAA